AUGAGAUUGACGGGAGUUGCGGGUCGUGCUACGGCAAUCGAGCGGGAGUCGAGAGUUCUUUUCUACCAUACACUGUGUAAAAGGUCACAGACACGACACUCCUGGUCUAGUGAAGAGCCGACGAUCUUAUCUUCUUCUUGGAACCCUGUAGAGGACAGGAACAAUUUGGAGAAACUUAAUCUUGCUGUUUUUCUCAUCUUCCAACCGCCAUUCUUGAUGAUCAUGAUCUUACAGGGGAAUGUGGGACCUCACCCUCUGAUCAGGUUAGACAAGACAGCGGCCGAAUCAAAUGAGAUCAGGAGCCUGCAUUCGUUUAUGACUUGGAAAAGGUCAGCUAUCUAUGAAAAUGAGGCGCUGGUUAGAUCUCCAUGGUUUCAUCUAACCCGUGGAGAGUUUAAGGUAUUAGUGCCGGAAAUACCAUUGUCUACCCAG